CGGCUACGACUUUGACUAUGAUUAUUACAGAGACGACUUCUACGACAGGCUCUUUGAGUACCGGGGCCGAGUCUCUCCGGUGCCCAGGGUGGUUCCUGUGAAGCGGCCGCGGGUCACCAUCCCCCUUGUCCGGCGUGUGAAAGCGACUCUCCCCGUCAAGCUCUUCGCCAGAUCGGCUGCCAUCGCCAACAGCUCGGCCAAGUUGAAGCUGAAGUGCAGUGAGCUGCAAACAAUCAAAACUGAGCUGACACAGAUCAAAUCCAACAUUGAUGCUCUCCUGGGCCGGCUGGAGCAGAUCGCUGAAGAGCAGAAGAUGUCCACAGAGGUACGGAAGAAGGCGGAGGGCAGCAAAAGCGAAGUCUUGCAGGAGGACACAGCGUCAGAGGCAGAGGUCACCACGGAGGAGCCGCUGAAUGGGGACGAGGGUGAGGAAGAGGGUCUCGCACGGGAUGAGUGUGAAGAUGAACUGGAGAACAGCCAUUACACAGAUGUGGAGGAUGCCAGACUACAGUAACCAGCCCGGUUGGAACAGCAGUGAGCAACAGUGUGAGGAAAGCACGAGGCUGAACCCUGUCCUGGCCCGUUGAGCAAGACAAGCUGAAUCGAAGUGCUGCUGUCAUCUCCACCUGGCAUUCAAAAGGAGAAACAUGGCCCAACAUCUUCCAUCCAUAUGUAAAGCAAAGACAAACCUCAUCAUCCCAGUGAAUCCCCACUACCCCGUGCAAUGGAUU